GAAUAGUUUGUCUUUGUUUACCUGCGAAUUUUCUCUCUGUUUUUGUUUACCAAAAUAUUCUCAAUCUUUCAUAUAGCUCUAUAAGCAUCUUUGAUUUAUUCCUUGCUUCUAUUUCCAGAAAUUGUUCAGCUCACUCUUCUAAAAUCAAAAACAGGUAUGGGUAAUAUCUUCUCAUUCUCACUUUCACUCGAUACCAUCAUUACCCGUUGUUGGGAUUCUGCUUUUCUAUGCAAACUUGAAGAAAACCUCCCUGCUUUAAAAACUGAAGUAGAAGAUUUGAAGGCGACCAGGAGGGAUCUGAUGAGCAGGGUCAGGGUCGCUGAAGAUGAGAAGCAACUUAAGCGGCUACCCCAAGUUGAUCUUUGGCUUCAGAGGGCCGAUCGUGUGAUAACCGAUGCUGAUAAACUGAUUGUCCAAAGUCCUCUGCAUGUUGAAAAGUUAUGUAUGGGAGGUUGUUGUUCCAGGCAUCCCAGGUCCACCCACAAGUUCGGGAAGCAAAUCGCCACAAUACUCCAAGAGGUGAAAGGCCUGAAGGAGAAUGGAGAUUUCAGUGAUGUAGCCUGCAAGCCACCAAUUCCUUCCGCAAAUAAACGACCUUCUGAUCCAACUGUGGGUUUAGAGUCCUAUGUCAAUCAGGUUUGGAGGUGUCUUCAAAAGGAUCAAGUGGGAAUUAUUGGCAUAUAUGGCUUAGGAGGGGUUGGCAAGACAACCCUCCUAAACCAAAUCAAUAACAAAUUCCAUGAUACUACCCAUGAUUACCAUGUAAUUUGGGCAGUUGCAUCGCAAGAUCGGCCAAUUGAGAGAGUCCAGGAUGAGAUUGCCAAAAGAAUAGGCCUCUCUAAUGAAGGUUGGAAAUCUAUUGAAGAGAAAGCCGCAGACAUCUUCAACGUCUUACGUAAAAAGAAGUUUGCAUUGUUGUUGGAUGAUAUAUGGGAAUGGUUUGAUCUCACAAGAGCUGGGGUGCCUCUUCCAACACAACAAAAUGGCUCUAAAGUCAUUUUCACAACUCGUCGUCGUGAUGUGUGCUGUCAAAUGCAACCGAACAUGGAUAAUAAUAUCAGAGUGGAAUGUUUACCACCAGGAGAAGCUUUCAAACUGUUCGAGGAGAAGGUUGGAUCAGAGACCCUUCAAAUGCAUCCAGAUAUUUGCAAGUUAGCUGAAGCGGUGGUGGAAGAGUGUGCAGGACUACCUCUCGCUCUCAUUACAAUUGGGCGGGCCAUGGCAUCCAAGAGGACCCCUCACGAAUGGAAAUAUGCUAUUGAAGUUUUAAGGCAAUCAACAGCUUCUGUGUUCCCAGGGGUAGGGAAAGAGAUGUUUCCCAAGUUAAAAUUCAGUUAUGACAGUUUAGCUGAUGAAAAAGUGAAAUCUUGUUUCCUGUAUUGUUCUUUAUAUCCAGAGGAUAAAUCCAUCGAAAAAGAUGAACUAAUCCAUUGUUGGAUCGGGGAAGGACUUUUGGACGAGCAUACCAAUUUGAGCAAUGCCAGAAACCGGGGACAUUUCAUUAUAGGUUCUCUUAUUGACGCAUGCUUAUUGGAGAAACAAGGUAAUCAUCGUAUAAAGAUGCACGAUGUGAUUCGCGACAUGGCUUUGUGGAUUGCUGGUGAAUCUGAGGUGAAGUUUUUUGUCAAAUCAGGUGUUCAGUUAAAGGAACAACCAAAAGAUAAAAAGUGGGAAGAGGUAAUAAGAAUGUCGGUGAUGGAUAAUCUAAUUGAAAAUCUAACUGACAUAUUGGCAUGCCCCAAUCUCCAAACUUUAUUUCUUGGGAGGAAUCGUUUGAAGGUGAUCAUCAAUGAUUUCUUUAAUUUCAUGCCGAUGCUUAGGGUUCUAGACUUGUCCCACAACAUGAAUUUGAAAGAAUUGCCAGUUGGAAUCGGAAAGUUGGUUUCACUAGAACAUCUCAAUCUGUCAUUUACACACAUAAGAAAGCUGCCAAUCGAAUUGAAGGCCCUUAAAAACCUGAAAUAUUUGAAUUUGGAGCGGACAAGGAGGCUGAGAAUAAUCCCACAAUUGAUAUCCAGUUUCUCUAAGUUGCAAGUACUGAAAAUGGAGGGGUGUUGCUAUCAAUGUUCACUGGUUUUGGAGGAAAUGGAGCAUUUAAACUAUUUGAAUGUGUUGACCAUUACUUUUACAAGCACUUCGGAGUUAGAAAAAGCUUUGGGGUUCAACAAGUUCAUUAGCUGUGCCAUUGAACAUGUAAGCCUUCAAGGUUUUAGAGAUUCAAGGUCAUUGAAUAUUUUGGCUUUAGCAAAUUUGCAGCCUUUAUAUAGCUUAGAACUUUCGGGUUAUAUGGUUAUUGAAGAUGUGAAGAUCGAAAGUAACAUAAUUGAAGGUGUAGGAUGCUUCCAUAGCCUUCGAUCUAUAUACCUAUUCGACUGCAAUCAAUUGAGGGAUGCGAGUUGGAUAAUUUUUGCUCCACAUUUGGAACGACUAUUUAUACGUGAUUGCCAAGGUUUAGAAGAAAUAAUCAGUGAGGAAAAACUUAGUGAAGUCGCUGAGCUAAAGCAAAAUUCAAACUUGUUUUCUAACCUAGAGUUUUUGCAUCUAAAUAAUCUGCCCAAAAUGAAGACAAUAUACGGACAUGCUCUACUUUUUCCGCAGCUGAAGAGAAUCACAAUUUUAAAUUGCCCAAUGCUGAAGAAGUUCCCACUAAACUCCAAUAGUGCAAAAGGACGAAGGCUCGUCAUUGAAGGAGAUGAGGGAUGGUGGAAAGAUGUAGAAUGGCAGGAUGAAUCUACCCAAAUUGCUUUUUUCCCCUCUUUCAAACAUCGGUAAUUUACUAAAUGUUGGUUAUUAAUUAAGGCUUAAAGCCAUUAUUGUAUCAUAGCAUACCUCACUCUAAGUUCUAUUUUGUCUAUCCUUAAAUUACAUGUACACGACUUUCUUCUUUAAAUGUAUUAACUCAUUUUUAUAAUUUAUUUA